AUGAAUCCCACUAGCAAAGAGAUCAUCUCUACUAUGACUAAAUUCUACGAGUUUAUAGUCAAACUUCCAUACAUGGACACAACGGCUGUGCUUUAUCCGCCCAACUUUGAGAGUGGUGAACAGCAAGGAUGGCCUGAUAUCAAUGCAGAGGAACUGCGCAAGCGUGGCAGGACAGAGGGCACCAUCACCCUACUUCGGCAUCUACCAUAUCUACGAAAACCCACAACUAGAAAUAGCAAAAAAGGAUGGAUGAUAGGACCAAAUACUCAUGCGAUUGCUUACUGUGAUGGUGAGGUUUAUGAUGAAGAACUGGAUAAGAUCCAGCCCACACCGGGACAUUGUAUCUGGCUGGCAAAUGCAACAAACACGGAAGAUGGAUCAGCACUGCUGUUAGAUAUCGAGAGCGGCACCGUAACCGAAUACGCAGUGCGCAGCAGUCGGACAGUCUGCCUCAAUAUAGAGGAGUACGAGUACCUGUCACAGGAGGAUCGCUGGAUGGCUCAUUUCACGUUACCGGCUGCUCAUUUCUUUCGCUUAUGGAUCGACAAGUAUAAAAACUUAGAGUGGAUGCCUUGCUUCAAAGAAGGGGAUUAUGCAGAAACGGUAACGUGGUUUAUCAAUUCCCAAGGGCUUGAGGGUUUAUUAGAUGAUACAGAUUCGGGAGAUUCCGAUGAGAGUUAUGAGCCUAGUUCAGAGAAGUUGGAUGAUGAUGAUUACGAUAGUGAAGAAUACGACCCUUACGAGUUCAACAGCGAGUAUGAGAGUGAUGGUAUUGACGAUAUCGAUGACAUUGAUGAUAUCCCGGUUGAUGAAGAUACGCUGGAUUCUAAAGUUGCGGAACUCAAACUUGACGAUGGUGAGGAUUCAACGCACGGAGUUAGGAGCCAGGCGUUUGACAGACUCGGUCAUGAGAUUAGGUCGGGGAAUAGCAAGCUUCUGACUACUGAUAAGUCCGCCCUAGAGGCGAGAGUGCAUGAAGCACGAUCGAUCUACAUUGGGAAUGGCUGGCCAGAUUCCUUCAAUCGCGAUGAAUGCCAACGCCAAUUGUCAGACCUUUUGAAGCAGAUAACCAAUUCAUCUUGA